UUAAAUAAUUUAUUCCUUUGAUAAUGUGAAGGGAACCAUCCAGUGGUAGUGUGAAAAGAACAUUUUCUGCCUGUGCGAAAGGAACCUCGUCGGGUAAUGUGAAGGGAACAUCCCCUAGUAAUGUGAAGGGAACAUCGUCUGGUAAUGUGGAAGGAACAUAUCCUAGUAAUAUGAAGGGAACAUCCCCUAGUAAUGUGAAGGGAACAUCGUCGGGUAAUGUGAAAGGAACAUAUCCUAGUAAUAUGAAGGGAACAUCCCCUAGUAAUCUGAAGGGAACCUCUUCUGGUAAUGUGAAGGGAAUAUCUCGAGCCUGAUUUGUGACUAUUUUAUACCUAUAAACUAGUCAAAUCAGUACUUAUUAAUCACGGAGACUAUCCAGGACUGUCUUCUCCUUCUCUUCAUUCUUAACAUUCCUUCCACUCUCUUCAAUCAGCUUUUAAUAAAAAAAAAGAAAAGCGGCUGUCAUUGACUUCCCCUCUCUCCUCUCCUGCCUUCCCCUAUCCUCUCCCUUAGCCUCUCCCUCCAAAGCUCUCCCUUUAAGCUUUAAAGACACACUCAAAGCCAUCAAUCGGCUAACAUAUUAAAACAUUGUUUGCCUGUUCUGUUAAUUCAACCCACUCAUUUUCCCUUCAUUUCCUCCACAUAUUUUCGAUUUUUCUUUCCAUUUUGGCCAAGUUUCCGUCAUUUGCCAAUCAACAUCUUUCCCCUUAUUUCGCCCUUUUUCCCCCUUUUUUCCUCUGUUCCUUCUCUUAAAAUUUUUUUUCUUCAGCUUAAACACUUAAAAAUACCUUCAAAUUUAUUUUAGAACCUUUUAGCCUCUUAAAAAUUUUAUUUCGAAAAAUGGCUGAGAAUAUAGAAGAAAUCCUUGCCGAAAUUGACGGCUCUCAAAUUGAGGAGUAUCAACGUUUUUUCGAUAUGUUUGACCGUGGAAAGAAUGGCUAUAUUAUGGCUACUCAAAUUGGGACAAUUAUGAAUGCUAUGGAACAAGAUUUUGAUGAAAAAACUCUUCGGAAACUAAUCCGAAAAUUCGACGCAGACGGCAGCGGCAAAAUCGAAUUUGACGAAUUCUGCGCUUUGGUAUACACUGUGGCGAAUACUGUAGAUAAGGACACUUUGCGGAAAGAAUUGAGAGAAGCUUUCCGUCUCUUCGACAAAGAGGCAAUAAUUUAUUUAAUUUCAAAGAGUCAUAUUGAAGGUAAUGGUUACAUCUCUCGUCCAACACUCAAAGGAUUACUUCACGAAAUCGCCCCAGACCUUAGCGAUAAAGACUUGGAUGCCGCAGUAGACGAAAUCGACGAAGACGGAAGCGGAAAAAUUGAAUUUGAAGAAUUUUGGGAAUUAAUGGCUGGAGAGACUGAUUGA